ACUUAUUCUUGGUUUGGUAAUGGGCGACAGCGGCUCAUGGAUUUGUUUAUGUUGUUUUGAAAAAUAAACGAAAUCUUUAGGGUUCAUUUGGGGUUUAUAAAUCGUAAGAAAAUAAAACUUCAAAAUGCCGAGUGAAAUGAUAACGCUGCAGCUCGGCCAAUGUGGCAACCAAAUUGGUUUUGAGUUCUGGAAGCAAUUGUGUAUAGAACAUGGCAUAUCUCCGGAGGGGAUUCUUGAGGAAUAUGCGUCGGCGGGGUCAGAUCGGAAGGAUGUGUUCUUUUACCAAGCUGACGAUGACCACUACAUACCUCGGGCAGUGUUGUUGGAUCUGGAGCCCCGUGUCAUACACACUAUCAUGAACUCGCCAUAUGCCAAGUUGUACAACCCAGAGAAUGUAUAUCUCUCAAAGCAUGGAGGUGGUGCGGGUAACAACUGGGCAUCAGGGUAUGCUCAGGGUGAGAAGUUGAAUGAAGAAGUGUUUGACAUCAUCAACAGAGAAGCUGAUGGCAGUGAUAACUUGGAGGGUUUUGUGCUCUGCCACUCAAUAGCGGGAGGCACAGGAUCAGGCAUGGGCUCCUACAUACUAGAACAUCUGUCAGACAGAUUCCCCAAGAAACUGGUGCAGACCUACAGUGUGUUCCCCAACUUGGACGAAAUCAGUGACGUAGUAGUCCAGCCAUACAACUCGUUGCUAACACUAAAGCGGCUAACAGAGAGCGCAGACUGUGUGAUGGUGUUAGACAAUACGGCGCUGAACCGCAUCGCCAGCGACCGGCUGCACAUACAGAAUCCGUCGUUUGCGCAGAUCAACACGCUCGUGUCUACUAUCAUGAGUGCCAGUACUGCUACACUUAGGUAUCCCUCAUACAUGAACAACGAUCUGAUCAGUUUGGUGGCGCCGCUCAUACCGACCCCCAGACUGCACUUCCUCAUGACUGGAUACACGCCGCUGACGGCCGACCAUGAACUAAAUACUGCGCCAAAAAUUCGAAAAACGACAGUACUGGACGUGAUGCAAAGGUUACUGCAACCAAAGAACAUGAUGGUCUCACUCAGUCCAGACAGGACGAAUCAACAUUGUUACAUAUCAAUAUUGAAUAUCAUACAGGGCGAAGUAGACCCAUCACAAGUCCACAAGUCUCUGCAACGUAUCCGCGAGCGCAAGCUAGCGUCGUUCAUCCCGUGGGGCCCCGCGUCCAUCCAGGUGGCGCUGUCGCGGCGCUCGCCAUACGUGCACGCCUCGCAUAAAGUGUCCGGCCUGCUGCUCGCCAAUCAUACCAACAUAUCUUCAUUGUUCGACAGAUGUCUGCAACAAUUCGACAAGCUGCGCAAGCGAGAGGCUUUCUUAGAGGUGUUCCGCAAGGAGCCGAUGUUCAAGGAGUCGCUGGAGGAGUUCGACGAGUCCAGAGGAGUGGUCGACGACCUCGUGCAGGAGUACCAGGCUGCUGCCACGCCAGACUAUGUGCACUGGAAUCCAGAGAGCAGUCAAAUAUAACAGCAAUCGGACGUGUGAACAUGGGAAAAACGUUAACAGAACAGGAUCGAACGCGCUGAGAAGUGAUUCCAAAGGAGUUGUCGGAUGGUGUUUGAUGAAAAGUACCCACAGCUGUAAUUUAAGUUUUUGUUUAACAAGUGCCAUUUAUUAUUGUAUUCUUUAAUCUCAUUUUGUUAACAUUGUUUAUUCGAAUAUGUUAUGAUGGUAUAGUCCUUACCUAAAAAUAACGCACAGUCUGAAAAUAAAACUCAUUUUUUUACCAAG